UCACUUGCCACGCACUGCACCAACAGUAGCUGAGUUCGAAGAUGUAACGCUUCCAUGAAGAUGUGACACCGGCACACUUUUCGCCAUCUUAAUGAACAACAAACAAAAAUGGCCUUGGUGGUGUCAAACAACACAAAACUAAGGAAAUUGAUCGCUUACAUAAGCGCAUCCUUCCACAAUGACACCUACAACUUAACGGAAACCCAAAAACAGCUUUUAGAAAAUUACCUCAACAGGUUGACGGAACGCAUCGGAGGCGACAAUUUUCCGGAAACCAUUCACACCGACGUCGAUUGCGGCGCCGGGUUAGAAGACGUUGCUGAAAUCUACGCGAAGAAUUACCAUCCCUACUUUGCCACCGCCGUCUGCCUAUUUGGAAUCGUUGCCAACCUUUGUAACAUUGCAGUAUUGACGAGAAAAGACAUGAUUUCGACGCCCAUCAACCGCAUUUUGACGGCUCUUGCAGUGGCUGAUGCUCUAGUGAUGGUCGAAUACAUUCCUUACACGUAUUACUACUACGUAGUGUUGGCUAAGAAGAUGGACUUUCCGUAUUCGGGGGCUGUUUAUAUUUUGUUUCAUACUCAUUUCACUCAGGUGCUGCAUACUACUUCUGUGUGUCUCAAUCUCACGCUGGCUAUUUGGAGAUACUUGGCUUUAGGAUAUCCGGAAAGAAUUCACACCCUCUGCUCCGAUUCCCGCUGUACGCUAAGCAUCGUUCUCAGUUACUUCCUUCCCGUCGUCCUUUGUAUUCCCACUUACGUCACCCUCACCAUAGCGACGCGAGAAAUCACUGAAAACCAGACCCUCUUCAUCCUCUACCACACCGAUCUUCACGAUAUGUUCAAGACCGACAACACCCUCUUGAAGAUCAACUUCUGGAUCUACGCCGUCCUGCUGAAGCUGCUGCCGUGCGCCAUCCUCACCGUGAUCAUCUCGUGGCUCAUUCGCGCCUUUUUCAAAGCGAAGAAGAGGAGACUAAAGCUUCAAAGCUAUAACGACAUCGACAACAAGAAUAAAACAACAAAGACGAAGCGAAGGGCAGACAGAACGACGAAAAUGUUGGUCGCCGUGUUGUUACUGUUCCUUCUCACUGAGUUCCCGCAGGGGAUUUUCGCUCUUUUGAUCGGAAUCAAGGGAAAAGAUCUGUUUCUGGAAUGCUAUCAGCUGUACGGGGAAAUAAUGGACAUUUUGGCGCUGAUAAACGGAGCGAUUAAUUUUAUUCUAUAUUGUUCGAUGAGUCGCAGGUUUAGAACAAUGUUCGGACAGUUAUUUAAAAUAAGGGUGUUGGGAUUGCUAACGCCCCCACCGCCGCCGUCGGAUAUCCACACGACGUGCGUUUAAAGCUAUAUCUAUCUAUACGUGAAGCAUUCAAUUUGUUGUAUUCAAUAUUUAAGUCAUUCGAAAAAAAAUUCUAGGGUUUUACUGAAACCUCUAGGAAGAUUCCAUUUUGGUAAAC